ACGAGCUGGCUCCUGGCCUCCGGGCCUCAAGCCCGAAAGGAAGAGACACCAGGGAAGUUCCGGCACCAUUUCGGGGAGAAGAAGCUGCCAUGGAAGAGCCUGCAGCUCCCACAGAACCCUCCGAGGCAGCUGGGGCCUCUGGGGGUGCUGAGGCAGCGGGGGAGGGCGCCCCCCGGCCCAGCGUCCCGGUGCGCCCAGCCUCCCGGUGGUCUUCGGCUCCAGGCCCGGCCCCCUUCCGCCCGUCACGUCUGAGGCCCGCCCAGGCCUCAUGGGGAGGGGCUACGCCCAGAUGGCUGCAAGGCCGGAGCAGCGGCAGCUGGACAAAGCAAGUCGUCUGCAGGUAUUAUCUGCAUGGGCUGUGCAAGGAGGGGGAGAACUGCCGAUACUCCCACGACCUCUCGGGCCGGCAGGUGGCCAGCGAAGGCCACGGCUUGUUGCCCCAGGCCUCUGCAGACAGCGGCCCCAGCACGGCUGCGCACAUGGAGCCCCUGCCUCAGGAAGUGGCGGAAGCCCCCCCUGCUGCGUCCUCACGCUCCUUGCCUCUGAUUGGCUCGGCUGCUGAAAGGGGUUUCUUUGAAGCUAAGACAGACAAUGCAGGCCUUGAAGCUGCCGGAGGAGCAGGUGCAGAAGGCUGGGAGGGUGCCGUUGAGUUUGUUCCCGGGCAACCCUAUCGGGGCCGCAUGGCCCCUUCUGUCUCCGAGGCUCCUCUGCAGAGCUCGGUGACUGAGAGGGAGCAGAUUGCCUUGGGCAUGGGGAAGCAGCUUUGCCGCGAUGCUAUCGUGGGGCAGUGCUUUCGUGGGCAGAGUUGUAUCUAUCUCCACGGAGAUAUAUGUGAUAUGUGUGGGCUGCAGGUCUUGCACCCUGUGGACGGUGCCCAGAGGGCAGACCAUGUAAAGGCCUGCAUUGAAGCACACGAGAAGAAUAUGGAGCUCUCGUUUGCUGUGCAGCGCAGUGCGGACAAAGUGUGUGGCAUCUGCAUGGAGGUUGUCUAUGAGAAAGCCAACUUGAAUGAUUGCCGCUUUGGCAUUCUCUCCAGCUGCAACCACACCUACUGUCUUAAGUGUAUCCGCAGGUGGAGGAGUGCCAGACAGUUUGGGAGCAGGGUCGUCAAGUCCUGCCCGCAGUGCAGGGUCAUCUCCACCUUUGUCAUUCCCAGUGAAUUCUGGGUGGAGGAGGAGGAAGAGAAGCAGAAACUUAUUCAGCAGUACUUGGAGGCAAUGAGCCACAAGACCUGCAGGUAAUUUGGUCAUGAGGGUGAAGCCCUUGAGAAUGGGAUUAGUGCCUUAAUAAGAAGAGACAUAAGAGAGAUGGUUACUCUCUCACCACAACAUGAAGAUACAGCUAGAACGUGGCCGUCUGCAAACCAGGAAAAGAGCCUCACCAAGAACCCAACCAUGCUGGUACCUCGACUUCAACCUCCAGAACUGUGAGAAAUAAAGGCUUGUUGUUUAAGCCACCCAGUCCGUGGUAUUCUGCUAUAGUAGCCUCUACUGAGAAAGACAGAAAUGGGGGGGGUAGUGAGAGGUGGGUGCUUCUGUAACAAAUACCUAAAAAUGUGGAAGUGGUUUUGGAACUGGUAAUAGGUAGAGGUUGGAAGAGUCUUGAGGUGCCUGCUAGAAAAAUUGAUAUUGCUGUGGAGGCUUUUAAAAGUAACUGGUGAGGGCUCAGAAAGGAAGGCAGAGAUACACAGGGAAUACACACAAAAAAUCAUAUACAGAAUAUUGGUAGAAAUAAGGAUGGUAAUAGCCAUUCUGAUGAGAUCUCAGGCAGAAAUAAGGAAUAUGUUAUUGGACAACAGAAAAUGUAGCCCUUGUUAUAAAGUGGCAAAUAAAACUUGUGAGCAGUGAAAUGGACAUUUAGCCAAAGAUAUUUGUUACCAAAGUGUUGAAGGAGUAGCUUGGUUCCUCCUGACUGUUUAUAGUAAAAUAUGAGCGGAGACAAAUGAAGACAGCAUUGAUAGGGAAAAGGGAAACAAUAUACAGAUUUUGGAAAGUCUCAGCCUGUUCAUAUUACAAAAAACAAGGAAGCGCCUUCAGAAGAGCAAACUUGGGGUGUGGCAAACCAACCAGUUGAUGAGAUUUAGUGUAGGUGUGAACCGCCGGCCUAACCUGCCACCCCAGUAGGAACAAUGCCAGUUUGAACCUAAGGGGGCAGAGAUGAGACAGAAUGAAGGCUGUCAGACUUCCUGGAUUUGACAGGCAGGACCAUAAGAGCUGUUUGGCUCUGAACAUGCUCUGUUCUUCAAGACAGGGGAAGAUGACCCCAAAGCCUAUUCAGAAAUCAGGACCACCUCCUCUAUUUCAACAGGCCCAAACAGACUAAGACAAGUAAAAAUAGAUAAUAUAUAGCUUAAAUAAAUAAGCACAUACAUGCAUACAUACGUAGGUAAGUCUGUGAAAGUUCAUAUGAAGGAAAAAAAAAAACAGUACAACUUGAAUAUUUUAGAAUUGAAAUAUAAGUAACCAUUGAACCCUACCAGAUCCUAAAACAUAGUAUCAUAUGCCAGCUGUGUGAAAAGUGAGGUAUUGGCACUUUAAUUGUGAAAUCAAAGAUGUAUAUUAAAAAGGUCCAGAAAUGGACAGACACAUAUAGGAACUGAAUUUAUGAAAAAAUAUUAAAACAAAAAUAACUUGAAUUAUUAAAUAAAAAUUGUUGGAUUAAGCUCUGGAGUCACCUUGAAAACUAAUGCAUGGGCUCCAAAUAUCAUACUUUACAUACAGUGUAAAUUCUACUUACAUCAAAGUUUCAAAUGUAAAUAUGAAACCAAAAAUAUACAGAAACGACAUAGGAUUUUUUUUUUUUCUUUUAAAGUCCUAGAGUCAAAAAUGCCUUUCUAUGACAUGACUGACAGAAGUCUUAAAGGAAAUUUUGACAAUAACUUUAGCACCUGUGCAGAGCUUACUAUGUUCCAGUUUCGUUUCUAAGAUACAUUAUCUCAUUUAAUCCUUCCAGCCAUCCUAAGAUUAGUCAUAGUGUUAUCCCCUUGUAGGGAGGUUAAGAGAUAUGCCCAUGGUGAAGUGAUUCCAAGGCCCAUCCUCUCACCACUGCACUGCCUCACAAAUGUGACCACCUUGAAAUGAGCCUAACAAAUUUCACAUGAGCUAGACCAGAAGGAAAUCAUAAAACAGGGUAGAUGCUUAUUUCCAUACAUUGUAAAGUGAUCUAAUAAAACAAAAGACAAUAUAAUGAAGAAAUUAAUAAAAGUAUGAUGAGACCUUGCGUAGAAAACAAACUGCAAAUAGAUUUAAAGAUAGAAAAAGUUGUCAAACAUCACCAAUAAUAAUGUUUAUUAGAACUUCAUGGAGUUUCAGUUUUCUCCUUUCAAUUUAUCAAAUACCCAGACAUUUGAAAGCACACUCUGGUGACAGUUGGGGAAAUAGUUACCUUCAUAUAUUGCUUGUAGGGGUGUAAUUGGUACACUUUCCAUAGAGGAAAACUUGAUACUAUCAAAUCAUAAAUUUACAUAUACAUACUUCUUGACCAGUCAUUCUAUUUAUUUAAAUGUGACUUACAUGUAUAUUCUACAUGUAUGGAAUAUUUCAAAUACCAGGAUGUUAAUUGCAGCCUUUGUUAUAACAGUAUAAGAUUGGAAAUGCCUAAAAAAUCCAACAGUAGGCAACUGGUUAAAAAAUAGCAGAGACAAACAGUGGAAUAUUAUGAAGUCACAUUUAAAAAGUGAACAAACAAAAAAGCAGAAGGAAAUUUCCAUGGGCAGACCUGUAAAUGUAUAGUGGUAAGCAGGAAUUAAAUGUGCAGAAGUUUAUGAAAUUAUAUCAUUUGUAUAUAA